UUAAAAACCUUAUCCAGGCGUUGUAAGAUCUGACAUGUGUCGGCAACGCCUGGGCAGAGGACGAGCCCGGUAACUGGAGCGUGACUCAUGCUCAAAACUGUGCACUUAUUGAUGCUCCGCUGUUCACGACAGAUGAAGAGAGUGGAUAUGUAAAUAUAUGUUGACGUAAAAGCGACGACAACCGUAACGGCGCGGGGACGUCUGCUUUAGAGAAUGCUACUGUAAUCGAAUAUCACGCCUGCAUUAGUUCAUAGCAGUGAACAAGUUGGCCUAAUUGUUCUGCUUGUUAGGUAUCUAACAAGCAAGGUUUCACCUUGAAUCAUAAUUCUGGGUAUAUAUCCAGCUCCUUCGUUUGAUUAGAAAAUGCCUCUCGUACAGAAUCAACAACCCGGAAUUCUGACAGAAACGGCAAUGGGAUCAUUCAAACAGAGGAAACAGAAGUCCAUCGUGGUCACUGUGAUGUUGCUCAUUGUGUCUGUGCUCAUCCUUGUCUUCGGACUGGCAGCCACCACCAGGACACAGAACAUCACCGUCGGUGGCUACUACCCAGGAGUCCUUCUGGGCUUAGGCUCCUUUCUCGGAAUCAUCGGAGCCCAUUUGAUAGAAAAUAAGAGGCAGAUGCUGGUGGCGUCCAUUAUGUUCAUCAGUUUCGGAGUGGUGGCUGCCUUCUGCUGUGCCAUUGUGGAUGGGGUGUUUGCAGCAAGACACAUUGACCUUAGACCCUACUACGCCGGUCGCUGUGAUUUCCACGCAAAUUCAAAACCCUCUGUUGAUUAUGAAGAUGUUCACUGCCAGACAGCAUCCCGGGCUACCUGUAACUUACGUGUGAAAUCCAAUACCUGUUACUGCUGUGACCUCUACAACUGUGGCAACCGUAUAGAGCUUAUGGGGGGCUACCAUGAGUACACGGAGGUGGGGAGCUGCGAGGAUGUGGUGCACCUCUACCACCUGCUGUGGUCCGUCAUCAUUCUCAACAUUGUCGCUCUCUUCCUGGGUAUCAUUACCGCCGCCGUGCUGGGAGGUUUCAAGGACUUGACGCCCAUGUUGACCCCUGACUCGUGUGAAUCAGAGCCCCUUCCUGCAGCCUCUUUCCCCUUAGAGUUUCCAGUUUCCAGCACCCCCUCGUUCAACUCCUACUACAACACUGCCCCCUACCUGCCACCCUACACUGCCUACGACCUGCAGGGCUCCAGCAUGAUGUUCCCUAACUCUUCUGGCCUGUCUGAUGACUCCCAGUCAGGGGCUAGUCGCAUAGGGGCCAGCCGCAUGUGGCCCACCCUGGUCCCCCCAAGCUACUCUCCCCCUUACUCCCCCUCCGAUGAGAAGCCCCCACCAUACAGCCCCUAGGAGAGUAGCUAGGAGAGUAGCUGAUUCUGGGAAGGAACAGGGGGGGGGCAACAACAUUAACAACAAUCUGCAUUGAUGGGUGUUGGUGGGCCUUGAAUAUUAACCUGUUUGAAAGAGAGCUACUGCUACAUCUGGUGCUCCAUACCGUUCUAAAGCAGCCAAGCCUGCCUGGGCUUUGUUGUGUAUACAGAGACAAGGAGUUACUGGAAGAAAAAAAUAGCAUGCGUCACUAAUGUGACUAGAAGCCAGUGCCAUUUGUCAUAGGAGGGCUGCAAGGUUCAUUCAUUCCCCAAUAAGUAUAGCCUGUUAGGAUUCAUUUCAGCCCAACCUGGGUGGAGCGGGGGAUAUAACAAGAUGCUGCUUGCCCUACACACUUUUCUCAGCAGACUCUCUAUCGAUGCCAGUUCGCUCCCCACAUCUUUCCCUUGGCCCUAACUAUUCUAUGUUUGCAGGGGUCUGGAUAGGUAUAAACAGUGUAGUGGGGGAUGUAAACAUCCUAUCGUUGACACCUUAAAGUUCUGCAAACAUCGAAGAGUUAGAGCCAAGGUGCAAAUUGGGAUCGGCUGUACGUGUAUUGAAAACAAGCUUACCUCGCUCAAGAUACCAGGACUGUCUACAGUCAUGGCCAAAUGUUUUGAGAAUGACACAAAUAUUAAUUUCCACAAAGUUUGCUGCUUCGGUGUCUUUAGAUAUUUUUGUCAGAUGUUACUAUGGAAUACUGAAGUAUAAUUACAAGCAUUUCAUAAGUGUCAAAGGCUUUUAUUGGCAAUUACAUGAAGUUGAUGCAAAGAGUCAAUAUUUGCAGUGUUGACCCUUUUUUGCAAGACCUCUGCAAUCCGCCCUGGCAUGCUGUCAAUAAACUUCUGAGCCACAUCCUGACUGAUGGCAGCCCAUUCUUGCAUAAUCAAUGCUGGGAGUUUGUCAGAAUUUGUGGGUUUUUGUUUGUCCAUCCGCCUCUUGAGGAUUGACCACAAGUUCUCAAUGGGAUUAAGGUCUGGGGGAGUUUCCUGACCAUGGACCCAAAAUAUUGAUGUUUUGUUCCCCGAGCCACUUAGUUAUCACUUUUGCCUUAUGGCAAGGUGCUCCAUCAUGCUGGAAAAGGCAUUGUUCGUCACCAAACUGUUCCUGGAUGGUUGGGAGAAGUUGCUCUCGGAGGAUGUGUUGGUACCAUUCUUUAUUCAUGGCUGUGUUCUUAGGCAAAAUUGUGAGUGAGCCCACUCCCUUGGCUGAGAAGCAACCCCACACAUGAAUGGUCUCAAGAUGCUUUACCGUUGGCAUGACACAGGACUGAUGGUAGCGCUCACCUUGUCUUCUCUGGACAAGCUUUUUUCCGGAUGCCCCAAACAAUCGGAAAGGGGAUUCAUCAGAGAAAAUUACUUUACCCCAGUCCUCAGCAGUCUAAUCCCUGUACCUUUUACAGAAUAUCAGUCUGUCCCUGAUGUUUUUCCUGGAGAGAAGUGGCUUCUUUGCUGCCCUUCUUGACACCAGGCCAUCCUCCAAAUGUCUUCCCCUCACUGUGCGUGCAGAUGCACUCACACCUGCCUGCUGCCAUUCCUGAGCAAGCUCUGUACUGGUGGUUCCCCGAUCCCGCAGCUGAAUCAACUUUAGGAGACAGUCCUGGCGCUUGCUGGACUUUCUUGGGCGUCCUGAAGCCUUCUUCACAACAAUUGAACCUCUCUCCUUGAAGUUCUUGAUGAUCCAAUAAAUGGUUGAUUUCGGUGCAAUCUUACUGGCAGCAAUAUCCUUGCCUGUGAAGCCCUUUUUGUGCAAAGCAAUGAUGACGGCACGUGUUUCCUUGCAGGUAACCAUAGCUGACAGAGGAAGAACAAUGAUUCCAAGCACCACCCUCCUUUUGAAGCUUCCAGUCUGUUAUUCGAACUCAAUCAGCAUGACAGUGAUCUCCAGCCUUGUCCUUGUCAACACUCACACCUGUGUUAACGAGAGAAUCACUGACAUGAUGUCAGCUGGUCCUUUUGUGACAGGGCUGAAAUGCAGUGGAAAUGUUUUUUGGGGAUUCAGUUCAUUUGCAUGGCAAAGAGGGACUUUGCAAUUAAUUGCAAUUCAUCUGAUCACUCUUCAUAACAUUCUGGAGUAUAUACAAAUUGCCAUCCUACAAACUGAGGCAGCAGACUUUGUGAAAAUUAAUAUUUGUGUCAUUCUCAAAACUUUUGGCCACGACUGUACAGAUGUGCCUUAUCCAUACCUGAAACCCCACCUCUUUAAGGAAUACCUAGGAUAGGAUAAAGUAAUCCUUCUAACCCCCCCCCCCCCCCUUAAAAGAGUUAGAUGCACUAUUGUAAAGUGGUUGUUCCACUGGAUAUCAUAAGGUGAAUGCACCAAUUUGUAAGUCGCUCUGGAUAAGAGCGUCUGCUAAAUGACUUAAAUGUAAUGUAAAUGUAAUAUCUGUCGACUCUCAGAGCACCAGUUAUCCUGACCAGGUUAGAAGCUCGCCACCUUGGACAAUGUGGUCUCCUCCCUCUGACUCGCACCUCAGUCAGUGUGUCUCUCUCUCGCUCUGCUUUAGUAUACUAUGAAGGCUUCCUGUCAAAAGUGGCACCGUGAUUGCUCCUUAUUUUUUGCAUUGCCUUUAAGUGGCAUGACACUGGUGUCGUGGUUUGGGAAUGGUUUGUCUGAUUGAUACGCCUUGGUCACAUUGAACCAGUAUUAACACUGUUAGAUUGCUUUCAAGCUCAACUUUUUGUGUAUUUCCAUUAGGACUAAAAGCGUAUAGCCUGUAAUUUACUGUACAUCAUUUGAAAAUGGAAUCUGUAACGUUGCUUGGACAUAUGUAAAGGUACACAACUGUAUCUCGUAGUGUAAUGUAAACUGAAGGUAUUGAAGCAUAGAUCACAGUUCACCCUAUUACGGUUUAUCUCACGUUGUUGUUCGCAGAUUGUGAGCAGGGUUAUAGCAGAGCCAAUAAUGACAAAAUAAGCCUUUGUUGUGGGGUGGAUUGGGGGGCAAUCUAUGGAUCCAGAUACCUGCCAAAAGGUUGAACAUGCGUAUCAUUAGGAUCGUAAGAAAAUCCAUAUGUAAAUUGUUUGGAUCGUAAGAAAAACCAUGCGUGAAACAUGAAACUUAAACGUUAAAAUAGAUCUGUCCAAUGUACAAACCUUGUGUUGCGACUAUGAAUUAACAUUUACACGUUAAAUUUUUACUUUACAUAUCCCUUUACUCGGUUACAGAUCUUUUUUAGUACUUUGCUCAUUGUGCUUACAGCCCAACACCGUGCAGGACGUUUGGCAUUUGCCAGAGAACACCAAGAUUGGCAAAUUCGCCACUGGCGCCCUGUGCUCUUCACAGAUGAAAGCAGGUUCACACUGACCACAUGUGACAGACGUGACAGAGUCUGGAGAUGCCGUGGAGAACGUUUAGCUGCCUGCAACAUCCUCCAGCAUGACCGGUUUGGCGGUGGGUCAGUCAUGGUGUGGGGUGGCAUCUCUUUGGGGGGCCGCACAGCCCUCCAUGUGCUCGCCAGAGGUAGCCUGACUGCCAUUAGGUACCGAGAUGAGAUCCUCAGACCCCUUGUGAGACCAUAUGCUGGUGCGGGUUGGCCCUGGGUUCUUUCUAAUGCAAGACAAUGCUAGACCUCAUGUGGCUGGAGUGUGUCAGCAGUUCCUGCAAGAGGAAGGCAUUGAUGCUAUGGACUGGCCCGCCCGUUCCCCAGACCUGAAUCCAAUUGAGCACAUCUGGGACAUCAUGUCUCGCUCCAUCCACCAACGCCACGUUGCACCACAGACUGUCCAGGAGUUGGCGGAUGCUUUAGUCCAGGUAUGGGAGGAGAUCCCUCAGGACAUUACAUCAAAGUUGGAUCAGCCUGUAGUGUGGUUUUCCACUUUAAUUUUGAGUGUGACUCCAAAUCCAGACCUCCAUGGGUUGAUAAAUUUGAUUUCCAUUGAUCAUUUUUUUGUGAUUUUGUUGUCAGCACAUUCAACUAUGUAAAGAAAAAAGUAUUUAAUAAGAAUGUUUCAUUCAUUCAGAUCUAGGAUGUGUUAUUUUAGUGUUCCCUUUAUUUUUUUGAGCAGUGUAUAAUGGCAUAAUUUAAUUUUAUAGCCGUGUGGGGCUAUUGUGGUGAUCAUGUAAACUAAUGAAUCACACUUUUUCUAGUAUUUGGAGCACGGACUGUAGGCCUUAUAUUAGGCAUUUUGACUGUUGUGUUAGUGAAUCCGACUCGGUAUGUAGGCUUGUUAAAGUCAUUUGCGAUGCACAAUCCCAUCACGCAGAGGAUAUAUCCAUAUCCAAAACAAGAAAAAACUAAAUAUUGAUUACUUCUUGGUUAUAACCUGUCCUGAGUGAAAUCUUUCCUAUCGGCCACUGCACGUGCUUUAACUAUUUUGUAAAAAAUGUAUUUGGAGGCUAUAUUUAGAGGCCUGUGACCUAGGGUCUCUUUUUAAGGAGAGCCCUAUAAUAAAAACAGUUAUAAAACACAGAGUUCUAGAAUUAUUCCGCAAGACACCAGUACCCAAAAUGACAGCCUAAAUUACAACGCCUACAAGUUGAAAGCCUAUUUUUUUAAUUUGGAUAGGCCUAAAUUAAACAUAUUAUUGUGAUAGGCCAAAUAAGUUUGAAUACACAUGGAUUAAAAUAAACAAAUGGAUUUGUUGCAACUCAGACAAAUGACUGAAUGGGUGACAUACUGACUGAACUGAAGGAUGCAUUAAAUGUUAAAAUAUGUUGGAAUGACAAGUUGCACGCAUCAUGCACGCUCUGCACUUUAUUGGGGUAUAAUGACUCUGACUGCAUGCCUCCAGAAGGGCAUCUUCUGAGGCUGAGGGUUGCUUUUCUGAAGGCCUGUGGUGCUGCAUGGAGAUCACAAGCUCUUCAACUGGGCAGCAGUGUUGUGAUGGAGGGAGUAGCCUAUAUGGAGACUACCUAAGACCGCUGCAGUUAUUGUGAAGUGUGGGAAUAAGCUUAUACCAGACUUAGCCUACAUUUAACCUCUCCCUUGUUCAUUUCAAAGUACAUUACCAGUCAAAAGUUUGGACACACCUACUCAUUCAAGGAUUUUUGUUUAUUUUUACUAUUUUCUACAUUGUAGAAUAGAAGACAAACUAUGAAAUAACACAAGGAAUCAUAUAGUAACCAAAAAGGUGUUAAACCAAUCAAAAUAUCUUAUAUUUGCGAUUUUUCAAAAAGUAGCCACCCUUUGCCUUGAUGACAGCUUUGCACACUCUUGGCAUUCUCUCAACCAGCUUCAUGAGGCAGUCACCUGGAAUGCAUUUCAAUUAACAGGUGUGCCUUAACUUAACUUGUGAAAUGUAUUUCCUUCUUAAUGCGUUUGAGCCAAUCAGGUGUGUUGUGACAAGGUAGGGGUGGUAUACAGAAGAUAGCCCUGUUAGGUAAAAGACCAAGUUCAUAUUAUGGCAAGAACAGCUCAAAGACGUGAAGGUCAGUCAAUCUGUAAAAUUUCAAGAACUUUGAAAGUUUCUUCCAAGUGCAGUCGCAAAAACCAUUAAGCGUUAUGAUGAAACUGGCUCUCAUGAGUACUGUCACAGGAAAGGAAGACCCAGGGUUGCCUCUGCUGCAGAGGAUAAAUUCAUUAGUUACCAGCCUCAGAAAUUGUAGUCCAAAUAAAUGCUUCACAGAGUUCAAGGAACAGACACAUCUCAACAUCAACUUUUCAGAGGAGACUGUGAAUCAGGCCUUCAUGGUUGAAGUGUCUUUGUGAGAUUCAGAGUGGGUGAUCUCCGCAUGUGUGGUUCCCACCGUGAAGCUUGGAGGUGGUGGUGUGAUGGUGCUUUGCUGGUGACACUGAUUUAUUUAGAAUUCAAGGCACAUUUAACAAGCAUGGCUAUCACAGCAUUCUGCAGUGAUAUGCCAUCCCAACUGGUUAGUGCUAAGUGGGGCUAUCAUUUGUUUUUCAAUAGGACAAUGACCCAACACACACCUCCAGGCUGUGUAAGGGCUAUUUGACCAAGAAGGAGAGUGAUGGAGUGCUGCAUCAGAUGACCUGGCCUCCACAAUCACCCGACCUCAAACCAAUUGAGAUGGUUUGAGAUGGGUUGGACUGCAGAGUGAAGGAAAAGCAGCCAACAAGUGCUCACCAUAUGUGGGAACUCCUUCAAGACUGUUGGAAAAGCAUUCCAGGUGAAGCUGGUUGAAAGAAUGCCAAGAGUGUGCAAAGCUGUCAAAGGCAAAGGGUGCCUACUUUGACAAAUCUAAAAUAUGUUUUGAUUUGUUUAACACUUUUUUGGUUACUAUAUGAUUCCAUAUGUGUUAUUUCAUAGUUUUGAUGUCUUCACUAUUAUUCUACAAUGUAAAAAAGUAAAAAAUAAACAAAAACCCUUGAAUGUAAGUGUCCAAACUUUUGACUGGUACUGUAGAUACAUUAAUAAUAAAAGAGAGGCAUAAUGCCAUCUAGACUUGCGCUGGCAAACAAAUCCAUUACAUUAGCUACCUAAAUGUGAAGUAAACUCAACUGAGGAGUAAUAGAGACUUUUAACUUGAAAACGUGCAGGAUACCUCUUCCCGGUUUCCCUGACAUCUGUUUUUUUAUACUGUUAUACUUGUUUGGAUAGCACUCCUCACAGGCCAUUUGGUGUACGUUUCUUUUGUCGGCGAGAUUAAACUGUCAAAACUCUUUAAGGUAUUAUUGUACGUCAGAAUUGCAACCCAAGAUUUGUUCAAGCCUAAACUGUUAGUCCGUAGUCGUAACAUGGUGUUUGUAUGUUCACAGAUAAAAUGUCACGUUUACGUUUGUUUCACACUUGGCUUUUGUUACGAUCCUAACAAUAUGUAUAUUCAAACUUUUGGCAGGUAUCUGGCUCCAUAGGAAUCUGAAAAAGAAAUGAUCACUCCUAAUGUUAUUUAUUUUUGUAAAGGGACUAAACACUGAACUCUCCUGUCUCUUUAUGGGUGUAAUAUAAUAGGUUAUUACACACGUACACUUUAGUACACCAAAAGAACACCCCUUUGUGUUGUCUUAAUCACAAAAUGCAUUGACCUCAAAGUAAAGUGCAGCCUCUUGAGAUGAUCGAUUAAAGUAGUCAGUUUUGAGCAGCACUUUCUCAACCGCUGAAGAUGGACUUCUGCUGACUCAAGUGGAUUGAUUGUCUCGCCAUUAAAAGCAAUUGUGUAAAA